GUUUAUUAUUAAAAAAACACACAAAAUAACGUUACAAAAGAAAAUAUGAAAUUCUGACUAGUAAAAAAUAUAUAUAUUUUUUUUUGUUUUGGAGCUUUCAUCCUCAUUGACAUCAUCUGCAUCAGUUUCUGCUAACUCAUCUGGAAGAGAAUACUUACAUUUUAAUUUAAAGAAUUCAUCGUGAAACCUGGCAGGUAUGACAUUUCUUAAUAACACAGGAAUUCCCUAUACAGGGUGUCACUAAAUUAGUAUUCAAACUUCAACCACAAACAGAACAAGAAAUUUGCGAUAAACAUGGGUCCGGAAAUGUUUCAUUUCCGAGAUACAUUGUGUUGAAAAUACUUUAAAAGAUCAGUUUUUUCUUAUAAUUCAGUAAAAAUGUUUUCGAAAAUUUUUAAACUUUGUCGUUUCUCUUAUUUCGAUUGAUCUAUUUCGAUUACGUCUUCAUUUACUAAAGUAG